AUGGUGGUGCUCGCAACCCCGCACGGAACGUCGGCCAUGGCGCCGCGACUUCCGGUCGAGAGUGGCGCCGCGCACCAUCCGCACGCUAACAGCGAAGGAGCGCUUUCCGCCUCGGCGGGAAGCGACGGCGCCGGUAGGGCGGAACAGUCGCCGCCGUCGCCGCCAGCGAAAGGGGUCGACGGCGACGCGGCAGCGGCGCUGUCGCCAGCGCUAGUAGCAGCGAGCGGAGAUGAGGGCAAGGCGGCGUCGGCGCUGUCGCGGCAUUCAAUAGCGGACUGGCUAGCGAUGGUGCUGUGGAUGGGGUGGCUGCACAUCGUGCUCGCGCUGUUCGUGCUCAUCGCGCUCACGUUCCCACACCCCCUCGCCAUCGCGCUGCUGCUGCUUCUCGCCACGCUCGCCGUCACGCCCGUCGACGUCGAGGGGCCCCUCGCCCAGGCCUACCGCAGGUCCGCCUUUCCUCCGCAGUCUCCGUUUCGGUGGAUCUACCCUGUGGUGCUGCGCCACUUCCCCGUGCGCAUGCUCUUCCGCGACCAGAGCACGCUCACCUUCGGCAAGCCCUACGUGAUAGACGUGCGCUUGCUCUUGCUCCCCCGUGCACGGCCGCAGCGCCGUCCCCUUCGACAAGCCCUACGUCGACUCGAGAGUAUUGCACACAGUGUCCAAGGGUGUCCAAUCAGUGCGGCCAUCUCUCACAUCCCACUUUUUGAGUCGACUCAAAAGCCAAGGGUGUCCAAUCAGUGCGGCCAUCUCUCACAUCCCACUUUUGAGUCGACUCAAAAGCCAAGGGUGUCCAAUCAGUGCGGCCAUCUCUCACAUCCCACUUUUGAGUCGACUCAAAAGCCAAGGGUGUCCAAUCAGUGCGGCCAUCUCUCACAUCCCACUUUUGAGUCGACUCAAAAGCCAAGGGUGUCCAAUCAGUGCGGCCAUCUCUCACAUCCCACUUUUGAGUCGACUCAAAAGCCAAGGGUGUCCAAUCAGUGCGGCCAUCUCUCACAUCCCACUUUUGAGUCGACUCAAAAGCAAAGGGUGUCCAAUCAGUGCGGCCAUCUCUCACAUCCCACUUUUGAGUCGACUCAAAAGCCAAGGGUGUCCAAUCAGUGCGGCCAUCUCUCACAUCCCACUUUUGAGUCGACUCAAAAGCCAAGGGUGUCCAAUCAGUGCGGCCAUCUCUCACAUCCCACUUUUGAGUCGACUCAAAAGCCAAGGGUGUCCAAUCAGUGCGGCCAUCUCUCACAUCCCACUUUUGAGUCGACUCAAAAGCCAAGGGUGUCCAAUCAGUGCGGCCAUCUCUCACAUCCCACUUUUGAGUCGACUCAAAAGCAAAGGGUGUCCAAUCAGUGCGGCCAUCUCUCACAUCCCACUUUUGAGUCGACUCAAAAGCCAAGGGUGUCCAAUCAGUGCGGCCAUCUCUCACAUCCCACUUUUGAGUCGACUCAAAAGCCAAGGGUGUCCAAUCAGUGCGGCCAUCUCUCACAUCCCACUUUUGAGUCGACUCAAAAGCCAAGGGUGUCCAAUCAUGAUAGCAUUGGAGCCGCACUCGUUUUUGAGAAUUCUCAAAAACCAAUUCCCCUCGUUCUCCCCCCCCCCUGCAGUGAUAGCAUUGGAGCCGCACUCGGUGCUGCCGGUGUCACUGGCCGCGUUCAUGUGACUUUUGAGUCGACUCAAAAGUCAUCCCCUCCCCCCGUCCUGUCCUCUCGUUCUCCCCCCCCCCCGGCAGUGAUAGCACUGGAGCCGCACUCGCUGCUGCCGGUGUCAAUGGCCGCGUUCAUGUGCCACCCGCUGGGGGGGGGCGGCGUGGCAGGCGCCACGAGCGCCAUCUUCCGCGUGCCGCUGCUGCGCCAGUUCGGGCAGUGGGGGCGCCUCGCCCCCGCCACGCGCGCCGUGCUCUCUGCCGUGCUGCAGCGCGGCCGCCCCGUGAUCAUCGUGCCGGGCGGCGUGCAGGAGUGCCUCUUCAUGGCUCCCGGCAAGGAGGUGGUGUUCGUGCGCCAGCGCUUGGGCUUCAUCCGCCUCGCGCUGCAGCACGGCGUGCCCGUGCUGCCCUGCUUCGCUUUCGGCCAGACUAGUGCAUACCGCUGGUGGAGGCCAGAGGGGGAGUGGUUCCGGUGGGUGGCGCGGAGAAUAGGGUUUGCGCCGAUGCUCUUCUGGGGCAUGUGGGGGUCUCCCAUCCCCUUCCGCACUCCCCUCACCAUCGUCAUCGGCACACCCAUCGGACAGGGUGACCCUGACCCCAACCCCUCGAAAGAAAGGGUGGCAGCAGUGCAUGCGGAGUACGUGAGGGCGUUGGAGCGACUCUUCCUAGACUACCGCGCCCAGGCGGGCUACCCCACCACAGAGCUGGAGAUCAUCCAGCCACCCACUGCAGUGGUCCCUCUUGGCACAUCACACCACGCACACAGCCAGGAUUCCCACUGCCAGCAGCUCCUAUCACAACUUGCUCCAUUGGAAAAUGGCUCAUCUCAUCCACUAGGCUAUGCGAGGACUCCCCAGAUUCCCAUCACCGCCUCUACCUCCACCCCACCAUCUUUUCUUUCCCACCACGCCGUCCUCUCCCCCUCCCACUCGCCGUCGCCUCCCACCUGCCGUCGCCUCUCCUUCCCACCCGCCGUCGCCGCUCCCUCCUCCCGCCGCCGCCGCUCCCUCCUCCCGCCGUCGCCGCUCCCUCCUCCCGCCGUCGCCGCUCCCUCCUCCCGCCGUCGCCGCUCCCUCCUCCCGCUGUCGCCGCUCCCUCCUCCCGCCAUCGCCGCUCCCUCCCACCCCGCCGUCGUCGCCUCCCCCGCUCGUCCCACCGUCGCCGCUGACAGCAGCUGCACGAGCGCGAGCUGGUGGGCGAGCGCGGAUCGACCCCUGAGGCACCGUAAUUUUCAGAGAAUUCGCACGCGAUCGAGCACGCUGGCGCCUAGUGCGCUGGUGCCUAAAGCCUUGGCGCUGUGCGCGCUGGCGCCGUUCGCGCUGGCGCCUUGCGCACUGGCGUCUUGCGCGCUGGCGUCUUGCGCGCUGGCGCCUUGCGCGCUGGCGCCUAACGCGCUGGCGCCUUGCGCGCUGGCGCCUAACGCACUGGCGCCUAUCGCGCUGGCGUCUUGCGCGCUGGCGUCUUGCACGCUGGCGCCUUGCGCGCUGGCGCCUUGCGCACUGGCGCCUUGCGCGCUGGCGCUUAACGCGCUGGCGCCUUGCGCGCUGGCGCCGUGCGCGCUGGCGCCUUGA